GCAGUUUUGAAUUUCCCGCCAGAGAAGUGAAAGUGAAAGAGCGAAGGGAAGUAACUGUUGCAGAUCCUCUGUAAAUGGCACGUUGUUAAAUGUAAGACGAUCCUAUAAUCAUGUCCUCUGGGGAUCAUAAGGUGAAAAUUGGCAUUGUAGGAGGUUCAGGAUUAUCAAAUCCAGAAAUCUUGAAGAAUGGCAAGGAGGUGUCCAUGGAUACACCUUUCGGAAAGCCUUCCGAUGUCUUGAUCACAGGUGAAAUAGAAGGAGUUCCAUGUGUUCUUCUCUCCAGACAUGGGCGGGGACACAGAAUCAACCCCACCAAUGUGAACUACCGUGCCAAUAUCUGGGCCCUCCAACAGGUGGGCUGUACCCACCUCCUGGUAACCACUGCAUGCGGCUCCCUACAGGGCAACAUGCACCCUGCAGAUAUCGUGGUUAUUGACCAGUUCAUCGACAGAACACAGAAGCGACAGCAGACAUAUUUUGAUGGUGAGCCAUCUUCACCCCCAGGGAUCUGCCACCUCCCAAUGGCGGAACCGUUCUGUCCCAGGACAAGAAAGAUUUUAUUUGACUGUGCUAAAGACCUGGGCAUAUCCUGCCAUGAGAAGGGGACCAUGUUAACUAUAGAGGGCCCACGCUUCUCCUCCCGGGCGGAGAGCACGCUCUGGCAUUCCUGGGGGGCACAUUGUAUCAACAUGACAACAGUACCCGAGGUGAUCCUGGCCAAGGAGUUAGGAUUGUGUUACGGAGCGCUGGCGCUGGUGACGGAUUACGACAGCUGGAGGGAAGGGGAGGAAGCUGUGAAUGUGGAAAAUGUGAUGAAAACAUUUAAAACUAAUGCUACCAACGCUACAGCAGUGAUCCUGAAAGCCAUUCCACUCAUCGCUAAGCAGAACUGGACAGAAACUCUGGAGGAAAACAAGGCAAGUGUCUGUCCAUCCAUCCACAAAAAUUUACAAUCUAGUCGAGUUUAAUCCCAGAUUAAUUGCUAUGGACUGAUUUAAAUUUUAUUCGAAAUAUACAUUUCAGGGAUGUGAUUUUUCCUAUUUGUAGAGGAAAUCCUCUGAUUUGCUCAAUUUUUGGAAAAAAAUGAAACACUCUGGAUUUGAUUUAAAGGAAUUCAGUCACAUCCCUGACAUGUAAAGCAUCUACAGUUUGAUAAAAAUAGUUAUACAUAUUUUAUAAAAAUUUACAUAGAUUGCGACAAUUAUUGUCGGAAACCCAUGGUUGAUUACACUUCAUUCCUCUCUCCAUCAUCCAUUCAUUCCUACUCGCUCGUUCUCAUGAAUAAUUAGUGAGGUAAUUUGAUUGGGUGCUCAUAGUAUACCCUGAGCAAAUUUGUCCAAUCAACAAGACUCUUUCAGCCCAAUUUUGGUAUACAAUUGUUAUGAUAUCAAAGUUAUGUUAAUGCUACUUUUAAAAACAGAAGAGUUCUGUUAGUAGAUCUAUAAUGAUAACUGUGAUUUGACAAUAUUUUUAAAUAUUUAUUCACGAGACUGAGCGAGUAAGAAUGAAUGGACCCACGUGUGAUGGAGAGAGGAAUGAAGCGCGUGUUUCCGACAAUGUGUGACAGUUAGUUUGGAAUUAAACUCCAAUCCACUAUAGAUAUUAAUUUCCACAGACUUUUGGGACAGUAUUUGUAUAUUCCAGAUUAAUUAUUUUGGAACAAGUUGAUAUACAAAUACAAUUUGAUUCUACAUAAUUGAUCAAAAUUACAAGAAAUCUGUGUGUCAGUUUCCCGACAUUAAUUAUAUUGAACCCCUCCUGAUGAAAUUAGUCUGUAUCAAGCAUUA